AGUACCUCUUUGGCAAACCGUCCAGCCCACCACAAGAGCAUCGCCAAGUUGCGCCACUGGGUUCGCGUCCGCUACAAAAGACUGUCGCCCAGCUCACAAUCUCUCAUCCGGCCAACAUGGCCUCACCAGUCGCAAAUGGCCAUCCCGCGACACCCCCCGCCUCAGAUCCCGCAGUCGUCAAUCCCCAAGUCGAGCCCGAUGUCCCCAUCACAUCACUAGACGACGACGGCCAAUCCAAACGACCCCGCGACGCGCGCGUCAUCCACCUCGUUCUCUCCUCCCUCGGCAUCCACUCCUACCAAGAACGCGUACCCCUCCAGCUCCUCGAUUUCGCCUAUCGCUACACCAGCUCCGUGCUCUCCGACAGCUUACGCCUCAGCGCUGAAGGCUACUCUGCGCAAAAUGAGCGCGCGGGUGGACGUAGAGCAGCAGGCGCCAAUAACGAAGAUGGCUCGAUAACGGUGACGGCGCUGCGGCAGGCGAUAGCUGCUAGGACUGGCUAUCAUUUUGCUGGCCCCCUGCCGAAGGAGUUCAUGCUUGAGCAGGCGACUGAGCGCAAUCGACUGGCUUUGCCGAAGGUUGAGAGGGGCUAUGGGGUCCAGCUUCCGCCGGAGAAGUACUGUCUGACCGGGGUUGGGUGGAACUUGAAGGACGAGUGGGAAAGCGAAGAGGAUGGGGAAGGGGAUGGCGAGGAAGUGAAAGAGUCGUCUAGCACGGAAGGAAGGGAAGAUCAACGUAUGGGAGGCAUGGAGGAUCAUGCGAGCGAAGACGAAGAAGGCGUGGGGAGGAUGGAAGAUGUGUUUGGCGAGGAUGGGGAGGGCGGGGACACAAGCAUGGCUCAGGAUUGAGAAGAAUGCUCUUAGAAGGGGAAUCUACGAUUGAAUGCUUUUAGCGAGGCGUUGGUAGGAUCGACAUGGAGGGGAUGCCAACAAGACUCAUUUGGACCACGGCAAAAAGGCUGCCAACUCUUACAAGAAGGAGCGAAUGGGCGCGGUCAUAUUGCGUACAGCGUGCAGUUCAGAUUCAUAAAGCCACUCGCGAGAGGGCCGCUUGGACAACGUACAU